AGCCAGCACAAGGGUUUAACCCAUUGUGCCGCCACGGCUGAUGUUUAGGUGGCAUCUCUUUUCCUGCAGUUUGAAUCCAUUGUUCCAUAGCCUGAUCUCUGGAGCAGCAGAACAUACGCUUCCUCCAUCUUCAGUGUGUCAUCUUUUCAAUAAACUUUCUUGGGACUUUGAUUUAGAGGCUGGAUUAUCCGUCAGGGCUGCUUUAGAAUUUCCCUACAUGACGGGGUUGGACUAGAUGGCCCUUGGGGUCUCUUCCAACUCUAUUAUUCUAUGAUUCUAUAGAAUCAUAGAAAUUGUUGGUCCUAUCAAACAUCUAUUUGUUGACUUAGCAGCAACUUUUGAUUCCAUUGAUAGAAGCCUGUUGUGGCAUAAACUCACUAACUAAUACAGUAAUAGACUAUUGGAUUAUGACCUGUUAGGAUCCUUUAGUUUAUUGGGCAAUGGAAAUCUUGUUUGAAGCUCUCAGCAAACAAAGAUUCAAGCAGAAUUCUUUAAAAUAACGUGUUUGUUUUACUGAUAACUUCAUAUAUUUAAAUAUACAGGUAUAUUUCUUGUCAGGUUAAACUUUAAAAUGUUUCAGUUUGUAUCUUUAAACUUAUAAUCUUUAAUAGUCUCUUUAACACUAUAUUGCCCUCUUUUAUAACAGUGUACUUCCAAGGAACUCAAGCCUCAACUGUCUUCUAACUCCCAACACUGGCUUCUGCCCUCUAACAGAUUCAAGCCUCAACUGUCAUUUAUAACUGUCACCCUUUUAAAAAUGCAUUCUAAAUAGUCACAUGACCAGCAGCCCCUCCUACUGCUUCAAGUACAUAGAGGUAAGAAAACUGCAAACCAAAGAAGACAUACACUUCAGGAAAUAAACUGACACAUUAUAAAACAGACAAAACAUUAAAUAGAGGCUUGAGAAGGUUGCAGUAUUCAACAGAUUACUUGAUCCUAUCCCUGUAGAUAAUGCCUUAUCUACCCACAUAGAUAAAAAAGUAAAGCAAGAAUGCCUGUUGACACCAUCACACUUUAAUUUAUAUCUGAAUGAUGUAAUUCCAACAUUAUCUGGCUUGGAAAAUUUUCCAUCCUCAGUUGGGUCAGAGAUGGUGUCUGUUCUUUUAUAUGCUGAUGAUAUGGUUUUAAUUUCUCUUAGAAUCCUAGAAUAACAAGAGUUGGAAGAGACCGCAUGGGCCAUCUAGUCCAACCCCCUGCCAUGCUGGAAAAGCAUAAUCAAAGCACUCUCAACAGAUGACCUUUUAGCCUCUGUUUAAAAGCCUCCAAAGAAGAAGCUUCUGCCACACUCUGAAACAGAGAGUUCCAUGCAGAACAGCUGUCGCGGCUAAACAUACCCAGCUUUUGAAGCCACGAUAGUAGUUUAUCAAUCAUGGUGUCUCUCUUGCCGGCCCAUCAGUUCAAAGUUUGCCAUUCUGAAAUAGCAGAAAAUCUUGUGGAAGUCAUACUGGCUGUGAAGUUGCUGUCUCCGCCUCACAUUAUUUUCCUUGGGAGCCCGUUCUCUAAUCUGUUAUGAUCAUUUUGGAUUCUGAUCCUUUCUUCUGGGGUGUUAGCUGUCCCUCCCAAUCGGCAGAUUUGAUCUCACUAUUGAAGAAUGACAGCCACAAGCUGGAAUGUGUCCAGAGAAGGGCAAUCAAGAUGUCUGAGGAUCAGGAAACCAAACCUUACGAGGAAUGACUGAGGAUCUGGGCAAACUUAAAAUGGAUUCCGUCUAACACUGUAGUGCUCCUCAAGAAGUAAGGAGAUGCUGGACUUUGCCAAGUGUAACUGGUGAGAUGGAUAACUACAGCUAGUGGAUUACCAUAAAUUAGUCAUGUCUGCCAAAUCCACCAUGUGCACUGUUCCAAAAAGAAACAGGUUGUUGGAAUUUAUUACAUUUAUACUUCUUACAUUUUGAAGUUUGCAAGAUAAUCCCUUUGUGAAAAGGAGGAACAAUGACUUUUUAUAGUUUUUAUUUGCUUUUCUUCGCGUUUACUUGGAAUACCUCUGCCUAUGGACCAAAUCAAAGGGCACAAAAGAAAGGAGAUAUUAUUCUCGGUGGACUAUUUCCCAUUCAUUUUGGAGUAGCUGCUAAACACCAGGAUCUGAAGUCUCGGCCAGAAUCUGUAGAGUGCAUAAGGUAUAAUUUCCGUGGUUUUCGCUGGCUUCAGGCAAUGAUCUUUGCCAUUGAGGAGAUUAAUAGCAGCCCAACUCUUCUUCCCAACAUGACUCUUGGAUACAGCAUAUUUGACACCUGCAACACUGUCUCCAAAGCCCUGGAAGCCACACUGAGUUUUGUGGCCCAAAACAAGAUAGACUCUUUGAAUCUGGAUGAGUUCUGCAAUUGCUCAGAGCACAUUCCUUCCACAAUUGCAGUAGUGGGAGCAACUGGGUCUGGAAUUUCUACAGCGGUGGCCAAUCUCUUAGGUCUUUUUUACAUACCUCAGGUUAGUUAUGCUUCAUCCAGCCGGCUCUUGAGCAACCGAAAUGAGUAUAAAUCUUUCCUGCGUACCAUACCGAAUGAUGAACAUCAGGCCACAGCCAUGGCAGACAUAGUUGAGUACUUUAAUUGGAACUGGGUGGGUACCAUUGCUGCAGAUGACAAUUAUGGCAGACCAGGGAUUGAAAAGUUCCGGGAAGAGACGGAGGAAAGGAAUAUCUGCAUUGACUUCAGUGAGCUGAUUGCCCAGUACUUGCCUGAGGACCAGAUCCAACAGGUGGUGAAAGUCAUUCAGAAUUCCACAGCAAAGGUGAUUGUCGUCUUCUCUAGUGGCCCAGAUCUGGAACCGCUGAUCAAAGAGAUUGUGACUCAUAACAUCACUGGCCGGAUUUGGCUGGCAAGUGAAGCCUGGGCCAGCUCUUCCCUGAUAGCCAUGCCACAAUUUUUUCAUGUUAUGGGUGGCACCAUUGGAUUUGCUCUGAAGGCAGGGCAGAUCCCAGGCUUUCGUAAAUUUCUGCAGAAGGUGCAUCCAAAGAAAUCCGUUAACAAUGGAUUUAUCAAAGAGUUUUGGGAGGAGACUUUUAACUGCUACCUACCAGAUGGAAACAAGAACCAUCCAAGCUCUAUCUCUUUCCUUAAGGGCCAUGAAGAAGGUGCUAGACCUGGAAAUGCCACAGCUGCCUUCCGCCCCCCGUGUACAGGGGCAGAAAACAUCAGUAGCGUAGAGACUCCUUACAUGGAUUAUACCCACCUACGGAUAUCUUAUAACGUGUACUUAGCAGUAUACUCAAUCGCUCAUGCUUUGCAGGAUAUCUACACCUGUGUCCCAGGGAAAGGGAUGUUCACCAAUGGGUCUUGUGCAGACAUUAAGAAGGUUGAAGCAUGGCAGGUACUGAAACAUCUACGUCAUCUGAACUUCACUAAUAAUAUGGGUGAACAAGUGGAUUUUGAUGAGUCUGGUGGCCUAAUAGGGAACUACUCAAUAAUCAAUUGGCACCUGUCACCAGAGGAUGGCUCCAUUGUGUUUGAGGAGGUUGGACAUUAUAAUGUUUAUGCCAAGAAAGGAGAGAGGCUGUUUAUCAAUGAAAAUAAGAUUCUCUGGAGUGGGUUUUCAAAGGAGGUGCCAUUCUCCAACUGCAGUAGAGACUGCCAGCCAGGCACAAGGAAAGGCAUUAUUGAGGGUGAGCCCACAUGUUGUUUUGAAUGCGUAGAAUGCACCGAUGGGGAGAUCAGUGAUGAAACAGAUGCCAGUGCUUGUGAGAAGUGUGCUGAAAACUUCUGGUCCAAUGAAAACCACACUGUCUGCAUUCCAAAGCAAAUAGAAUUUCUCUCUUGGACAGAGCCAUUUGGGAUUGCUCUCACCCUUUUUGCCAUACUGGGCAUCUUUCUGACUUCCUUUGUUCUGGGUGUCUUUACUAGAUUUCGCAACACACCCAUUGUCAAGGCCACGAACCGUGAACUCUCUUACCUCCUCCUCUUUUCCUUGCUGUGCUGCUUCUCCAGCUCCCUUUUCUUCAUUGGUGAGCCCCAGGACUGGAACUGCCGCUUGCGACAGCCAGCUUUUGGCAUCAGUUUUGUCCUCUGCAUCUCCUGCAUUCUGGUGAAGACCAAUCGGGUGCUUCUGGUCUUUGAAGCCAAGAUACCCACCAGCCUCCAUCGCAAGUGGUGGGGCAUGAACCUCCAGUUUCUCCUGGUCUUCCUGUGCACUUUUGUGCAAAUAGUCAUCUGUGUCAUUUGGUUGUAUACAGCUCCUCCAUCCAGCUUUCGGAACCACGAGCUGGAGGACGAGAUCAUCUUCAUCACCUGCAACGAGGGCUCCUUGAUGGCACUGGGCUUUUUGAUCGGAUACACUUGCCUCCUGGCUGCUAUCUGUUUUUUCUUUGCUUUUAAGUCCCGUAAACUGCCAGAAAACUUCAACGAGGCCAAAUUUAUUACUUUCAGCAUGCUGAUUUUCUUUAUUGUCUGGAUCUCCUUCAUUCCAGCCUAUGCCAGCACCUAUGGCAAGUUUGUCUCUGCUGUGGAGGUGAUUGCGAUUCUUGCUGCUAGCUUUGGGCUUCUAGCUUGCAUCUUCUUCAACAAGGUCUACAUCAUCCUCUUCAAGCCCUCACGCAACACAAUUGAGGAGGUGCGCUGUAGUACUGCUGCUCAUGCCUUCAAGGUAGCUGCCAGGGCGACACUGCGACGCAGCAAUGUGUCUCGCAAGAGGUCCAACAGCCUUGGAGGGUCCACAGGCUCCACCCCAUCUUCAUCCAUUAGCAGCAAAAGCAACCACGAAGACCCCUUUUGUCUAUCCAAUACUGUGGUGGAGCAACAGCAACGCGGGUGCAAGCAAAAAGUGAGCUUUGGUGGUGGAACUGUCACUUUGUCACUGAGCUUUGAAGAGCACCAGAAAAAUGCAGUAGCCAACAAAAAUGCAAAGCAUAGGAACUCCUUGGAAGCCCAAAAUAGCGAUGAUAGCCUUAUGCGGCAUAAGGCCUUGCUUCCUCUGCAGUCAAGUGAGCCACUAGGCAGUGAGCCCAAUUUCCAGACAGCUUCAAGUCAUGACUCCAACACACAGGAACCAGUAACAGGAGAAACUGAUAAAGAAGGACAAAGCUUAGAAGAAGGGCAACCUCCUUUGUCACCUUCAUACUUGCGGGAUUGUGUAGGUAGUGAUUCCAUCACAGAGAAUGCUGUUCAUUCAUAAAGAAGGAAGAACCAAUCGCCCCUACGUUUUUUUCUGGAUACUCCUUUGUGGCACAGUCUGCCACUUUGUAGUGUUAAAACUCGCAGGGUAAACUCACCUCCCACAGAACACUGGAGGAAAUGUUUCAUAAGUGAUUGUUGUAGUGGAAAUCUGUGGUGGUUGUGGAAGAGAUGAAGAUAAAACUAAAAAAAGCUCUUCAGCUGCGCUUUAGCAGAGUUUUGUCAUCAAGAAGUUACUAUAGUGAUCUGGGCCAUGAACCUACUGGUUAGCAGUUCUAGUAACCUGUUCUGCUUUUUACAAUAAUGUAUAGUAUUGCUUUUGUUCAGGAUGAAUAAUUCCCCUUUAUUUCCCACAGCCAUAUUACGACGAGGAGAAACAUACUGCUAUACACAAAACAGAACAUGCACCUUGGUUUAGGGAAAGUCACCCUUUCUCCACUCUUUGUAGAAACAUCUAAAUGAAGUUCAGCCAGUGGCCUGAACCUGCUAUUUAAAAUUAUAGGUAGAAUGCUAAGGUCUUGUGAUAUAUGGAAGUCUUGAGAGACAUUACUGCAUUAUACAGAAACACUGUUUUCCUGGGGAUUUAUAUCAUUUGGUUCCACUGGCUGGAUCACUUUGUAGGGAUAACUUUGGAGUCCUACAGAAGUAUAGAUAAUUUGAUAAGAUGUACCCAUUCAUCGAGACAUCAAUUGAUUGUCUCCUUGGUAGAGUGGCUUUGUAGUUUCAAUCAACUGGCUGCAGCCUCUUGCCUUAAAGUUUACACUGCACUAUGCUGUGCUAACUUCUCUCCAGCAGCCACACAAUGUCACAUAUAGACAGGUCCUGACCUGUCGUAUUUAAGGGGUCUCACGGCUCACCAAGACAUGUUUUAUUAGAAUUCUACUAAUGUGUUUAUAUUUGAAGGCCUUUUCUAACCUGCAGUUUACUUAGCUUGUACAUGCAUUAAGCACUGCAGCUAUUCCAAAACAUUUUCAGACAUUAACUUAAAGGAUCAGAGAGAUGAAAGCCCAAGGUCCUGAAAUAACCCACGCUUUGUUGAAUGUUCACUGAGCUACAAAGCAAGACUCAUUUUCUACAUCCGUGUGCUCUCAUCAUUUGAAUCCAGCAAGGACUGUCUUUCUGCUUGCUUUGCAGAUCUGCUCAGGAGUUAGUAUAGUUGGACAAGGCUCGUAACUGUUCAGACUUGACAUUAGCUUUGGGCCAAAGGGCUGAUAGUUGGACAUCCCCCUAUUUUUUACAAACAUGUUAAUGGAGUGUGCUUCAGUAUUUUGACACUCACUAUCCAUCUCUCUGUACAGGGCAAAAGGCUGUUUAGGACAUAUUGGUAGCUCUCUAGAUAGUUUGCAAUACAUUUCUCCCAAUCCUUUAACACCAACAACAUAAUUACAUGUUGAAAUGAAAGAAGCUUUGGUUAUCCAAAAGUGGAUUUUUCUUUGCAAAUAUACUCACCUCACCUUAGGUGUGCCGAAAAAAUCCUCAGUUUCAUUCAGUAGCUGUUCAGUGGGCCUGUACUCAUGCCUUUAUGUAGGCACUUUCGUUUGUACCAAGUGUUGAUGGCUCUAUCUGGUGGAUCUUCAGGUUCUAGUAAAACAUAAAGUUUAUUCAACAAGCCUGAAGUCAUCCUUUGCCUUUACCUACAGCUCAAAUGUAACGUCAUGGUAUUCUAAAACCAUGAUUUUGUUUUAGGCAUGCAGCUGCAUUUAAGCCACUAAUCCCCAGGUCCAAGGACCAUAACCAUUGCUCCCAGUACUUAUUCCUUUGGUUAAAAGCAGCUCUAGGGAUGGGGGAAUUGGAUCAGGAACACAGGCUGGGGCUAAAAUGCUCUCCCCCAAUUCUCAACACUUCUAGGGAGGGAAAGAAAGAAAUGGAUAAUACAUGCAGCAGUCAUUUCUCAUUUUCAUGAUUAAUUGGAAUUUUGAUGAAUUUUCACUGUAGGAAUUCAGUGGGGUGAGAAUGACAAGCCCAUGGCCUAGACCAGUGGCUCUCAACCUGUGGGUCCCCAGGUGUUUUGGCCUACACCUCCCAGAAAUCCUAGCCAGUUUAUCAGCUGUUAGGAUUUCUGGGAGUUGAAGGCCAAAACAUCUGGGUAACCACAGGUUGAGAACCACUGGUCUAUACCUAUACAGGGAAUCCAUCAAUCACACCUAGGAAUCCCCAUCACACCUAGUUUAGCUUUCAAGUAAAUGGAAUAAGACAGAAAUUUCUCAAAUUCAUUCAAGAGAAAUAGUUCAACUCAAGCUUGCUUUUACCAAGGAGAAGAGGUGGAUGCACAGAGGUUAUCAUUUCUAUGUGGAGCAGAGGAAAUUUAACUGAUUGAUUCAAGUGCCCAUGCAUUGUUGAAAUGUGAGCACCAAGCUGGCAACCUAUUGAAGCAAGUAAUGCUGAACUAUGUUUUAUAUAUUGACGGUAUUGUCAGAGGUGUAUAUUCUUUUCUUAUCUGUUUGAAACUCUAAAACAGGGGAUCCUCCUGCUUAUCAGAUAUUUGCUGUGGACUUAGAGAACACAGAGCUUACUCCUCAUAUUGAGGUUAAAAAAAUCGUGGCAUUAAGCCUAGAACCCCUAUUAUUUACUUCUUGUACUAAUAUUUCGCCUAAGUGGUAAGGAUUUCAUUAUACUAUUAGUUUGGUCCUGUGAGGUCCCUGACUGUGUAUAGUUUUACGCAUAUACUGGAAAGAAGUAUGUACUUAGCUUUUGGUAUCCCUCAGGCUGUUAACAUUUCUGAGGUUCUUUGUUUGUAUUUAUGUACAGUCACUGAUAUUGUUGAAAACCCAAACCAUGGCCAAUCUAGUAUUCUCACUUUGCAGGAAUCAAACACUUUCUUCUUAAUACUGAGCAUUGAGCAGACCUUUCUUAUUAAAUUACAAAAUUCUCAGCCAUAACAUGUUCUCCCCCGUUGUCAUUCCUGCAUUGGGCAGCUCUCUUCCCUAUUUUUUCAGGCCAAAUGUGUGGUGCCAUUUGUAGGCUCACUUUCUUCUAGUAAAGUAGUAAUAAAGGUGAUGCUGAUGAGGCAAAACCAAAGUUUGCCAUGUUGAUGUGGUUACAUUGGAUUCUAGUUGCUAAAUCCUACCAUGAACCUGCCAACUUUGGACUACCUUUAUCAUCAUGUGUUCUGAAUUAAGGUUAUGUUAUAUAUCAUAUCAUAUCCCAUGCUUGUCAACCCAUGUCAACUUUUCUCUAUAACGAGGCUCCUGGUAUUUUGAUGUUUUCUUAAGAAAAAGAGUGGCACGAUGAUAUAAAUGUUGAUUUAGUUUUACAUAUUAAUCAGUUUCUGUUUUAAUGGCUUAAACACUGCUGAUUCAGGAAGAGUGUUUAAAUUGGGAAGCAAGGCUAACAUUUUCUGGUCCUUUCAUCCUUCAGUGUGAAUGUUGCGAGCCCUUGAGCAUUGGUAAUGACACUGUGACCCAAGUGGAAUGAUGUUUAUGUCUUUUAGAAACCCAGUUCCAUUCAUCUUUGCUUCAUAUACAGCUCAAUGGUGCUCCUACACUAUGGCAUUAAUGGUACAAGAUGGGCUUCCAGUCCCUAUAGCAAGAGAGGGUUGAUUUGCCCCUUUCCACUCCAAAUAGAUCUUUUGGGGCUCAAACCAGGCAUGACAUCACUACCACUUCAGCUGAAUUGUGAUUUUUGGGCCAACUAUAAUGACAUGGGGGGGGGGGGGGAAGUGCCCACCUAAGCAAGUAUGCAAAUGCACUUUUCACAUCUGUCUUAAAUGCACAGAUGUGAGCCUUUUGUGUGAGCCUAAGAUUUAGUGUUAUGGGAGAGCGAGAAUACAGUAAUUUACCUCUCUUCUUUUUCAUAUAUUCCUUCAUGCUUUAUACCCCAUUAAUUCCUCUACACACACACAGAGGUGGGCAGGAGAGAGAGGCCCAGUAUAAGAAGCAGAGUGCCCAAGUAUUUUUCUCUUGGAUGUUACUUUGGAAUAAGUGGCAGCAGCUAUCUCAGUUCUUUCUUUUUUUAAGCAUUAGGUCAGAAGUAAAAUAUUAAAAAUGUCGAAGGAAAUCUGUCAGCAGCACUGGGCUUUUCAUUACAUAUGGGUUUUAUUGUUUCACCUACCAUCCUGGGUGCAGACGCUGGGCCUACCAGCUUUAAGAGACUAUAGAGCACCCCAUACAUUUUUAGAGUUGGGAGAGAUUACUGAUUUUAGUAAACUUUGGCCCUUUCUACACUGCCAUAUAGUGGCCCCUGGUGGCACAGUGUGUUAAAGCACUGAGCUGCUGAACUUGCAGACCAAAAGGUCCUAGGUUCAAAUCCCGGGAGUGGAAUGAGCGCCCACUGUUAGCCCCAGCUCCUACCAACCUAGCAGUUCGAAAACAUGCAAAUGUGAGUAGAUCAAUAGGUACCGCUCUGGCGGGAAGGUAAUGUCGCUCCAUGCAGUCAUGCCGGCCACAUGACCUGGAGGUGUCUAUGGACAAUGCCAGCUCUUCGGCUUAGAAAUGGAGAUGAGCACCAACCCCCAGAGUCGAUCACGACUGGACUUAACGUCAGGGGAAACCUUUACCUUUUACCUACACUGCCAUAUAAAAUCCAGAUUAUCUGCUUUGAACUGGAUUAUAUGGCAGUGUAGACUCAUAAAAUCCAGUUCAAAACAGAUAAUGUGGAUUAUCUCCUUAGAUAAUCUGGAUUAUAAGGCAAUGUAAAAGGGGACUUAAGGAAAUACUGAGUGUGAUCCCAUAGUAAGAAAUAUUAAAAGAGAAAGGAGUUCAUGAUGGAUGGCACUUUCUGAAAAGUAAGAUAUUGGAGUUACAAUAUGAAAAAGUUUCUAUGAGGAAGAAAAAUAGAAGAUGUUUAAAGAAACCAGAAUGGUUUCUAAGGAACUAAGGAGCUUUAAACCAAGGGACAUGAACAAGAAAUUGAUGAAGGGAGAGAUCACCAAAGAUCAAUUCAAACAUGUUUAGGGGAAAAAGUUAGAAAAGCCAAAGUACAGAAUGAGGUCAGGUGUGUUAGAGAGAAUAAAAACAAUAAAAAUACCAAGAAACCAGUAGGGCCGCUGCAUUCGUGUGAUGGUAAAAUGCUAACAGGAGACAGAGAAAAGGCAGAAUGAUCAACACUUUUAUCUUUCCCUAAAAGGUAAACAUGGUUCAACAUGGAGAUAAUGGGGCAGGUGAUGCAGUGUGUAAAAUGAAGUACAGAAUCAGGUAAAGAAGCAGUACAGGGAUAUUUGAUUAAUAUAAUUGAAUUCAAGUCUCCAGGAACAGAUUAACUACGUUUCUUUCCAAGUGCUUGCAGACUGGUACUGAUGUCAUGCUCAGUGUGCAGUAAUCAAGUCCUCUUUCUUCCCCCUUUUUGAAGACAGAGACAACAUUUGCCUUCCAUUCUGCUGGAAUUUCUCCUGUUCUUCAGAAAUUCUGAAAGAUGAUUGCCAGUGUUUCUGAAAUUACAUCUGCUAGUUCUUUCAAUACCUUUGGCCCUGGAGAACUGGAUUAAUUUAGAGUAGGUGCACAAUACGCAGCCCUCAGAAGGAUUUGUUGCAGCUCUUAGAGGCUCUGAGCCUAAGCUUUACAAAGGGAAGUCACAUGCAGCAAUACAACAGAGGAGCCUUCGGAACCCGCCAUUCCAUCCACCAAGUGUUUUAUCUCUACAUGUUUUCUUUCUGUAUGCACCAAAGUUACCAAACUAACUUGUGGCAAAGGGGCACCGCCAACACAUCUGACCAGGAUGUUGGAAGUGCUGGUCUCAAUUGGAAACUCAGCCUGGGGAAGUUGUUGAACAAGUCAGAGUAGUGGGCUGCAAGGAAAAUCUUUAAGGGAUAUUGGACCUUUAUUCAGGAAUGUUGGAAUACAGGUUAUGUCAAAAUUUAACAUUACAUUGUUUUAGAGGGAGAAUGCAAUAAAGAAGAUGAGCCUCAGUUUUUGUCUCUGCCACUCUUCUUUUUGCCCUUCGCCUCCUCAUUUGUUGAUAAAACUACCAACUCCACACCCUUUGUUUGUGAGGGGGAAACUUGGCUAAGCCACUUUUUCUUUGCCUCCGAAUUGCCUUUAUCGUCUCCUCUUCCAGUCGGGAAAAGCACCCAAAGUUCCUGUUGUUCAUUUCUCUCUCAUGUGUUGUGAAAUCUUUAUAGUGAAUCUAAGUUUCUCCCUCAUAAAUGAGGGAAAUGAAUGGUGCAGGUUUUUUUCCCUCCGGAGGAGAUGACAAAAGAGGCAAAGAGAAAGGCAGAACAGCAGAGGCAAGAGCUGAGGCACUUCUUUCCCUCAGAAAAGGACUGCUACUACCAUGAUAUGGGAAGGCAAAGAAAUUGAGGCUAAUCUGCUUUGCUGCUUUCUCUAAGGCAGUGGUUCGCAAACUCUGGGUCCCCACAAGUUUUGGCCUUCAACUCCCAGAAAUCCUAACAGCUGGUAAACUUAAUGGGAUUUCUUGGAGUUGUAGGCCAAAACACCUGGGGACCCAAAAGUUGAGAAUCACUGCUCUAAGGGAAAGGUGCCCUCACAAACUCAGACCUAUCUGUUGCCCAAAGAGGUUUAGCCUAUUUAAUUUUGACCCCUUACUACUGCCAAGUUGUGUGGGCCUGAUUUAGAGUAUUCUUGUACUAUUUCUGUAUAUUUCCUGUACCGCAUCAUCUGUUCCAUAUUCCCAGGUUGAGUACGGUUUACCUUUUGGAAGAAACAAAAAAAUGUGUUGAGUUCACCAAAGCUCAUUUAAAGGGUCUGUUAACUCUGCUCUUCAGAUUUCUCAACAAUUAUGUUGCUUAUAAUAUCUCCCUGUGCAUCUUGCUUUAACGCAACAAUACAAUUACCUUCUGUACUUUGUUGCUAUAGUCUGUUUUCAGCUUGAUAAGAUAUGCGUUUUUGGAGCAAAAGUAAAAUUGUUUCUGUCUUA